AUGUUGUUCACUUGUACUGGUUUGGCGGCUACAGUUGAUGAUAAUCUCCCAAAAAUGUUUAUUAGUAAAGGCGAGUUGAAAUCUCAUGCAAAAACCCACACAGGCGAAAGAUCAUACAUGUGUGAUCAGUGCAACGGAAAGUUCACAAAACGCAGCUCCCUUGUUAAGCAUAAAUUGCGUCAUUUAGGCGUGAAGCCUUAUAAAUGUGAUGUUUGUCCAAUGAAGUUUUCCAGCAAAGAUCAUUUGAAGCGUCACUACCGCAUUCAUACAGGCGAGAAACCCUAUCGAUGUGAAAUAUGCGACAGGGCAUUCACGCAAAGCAACGACUUGGUGAAACACCGACGCGCGCACUUGGGCGACAAGUUGUAUAAGUGCUCCCAAUGUGAAGAGGGUUUCCGCUUACAAACUGAGCUACGUCAGCACAUAUCGCAACAUUAUAUAUCACAAUAUCAAAAAACAAUUCAGUCGGACACCGAGGGCUGUAACAUUGAAGAGCACCAGGGAAUUUCUGUUGAAAAACAGCCCCAAUUAAAUGACUCUAUUAGUAUAGGCCAAAUUGAAACCAUGAUUACAUCA